GCGGUGGAGGAGGAGGUUUUCCUCCGCUGGUUUUUCGUCUCUAUGGUUGUCAGAGGUGGGCGGCUUUGAUCCAAAGGCAUUGGCAGCUCCAGUGUGGACAGGAUGUUUCGUCUUCACUCACUCUCUGCACUGGCAGAACUGGCCGUGGGCGUUCGAUGUUACCAUGGAGGAUCACAGCCCACCCAGAUCAGGCGACGACUAAUGAUGGUGGCUUUCCUGGGAGCAUCUGCGGUAACUGCGAGUACCGGUCUCCUGUGGAAGAGGGCCCUUGCAGAAUCUCCACCAUCUAUAAACAACCUGAAGAGUGAAGUUGGUGAUAAAGGGAAGAAUAAAGAUGAAGGGGAAGUUUGUAACCAUGAAAAAAAGGCUGCAGGUAUUUGUCUCGAGCCUCAUCCAGAAGAGAAAAAGAAGAAACGUUCUGGAUUCAGAGAUAGAAAAGUGAUGGAAUAUGAGAAUAGGAUUCGAGCAUAUUCCACACCAGACAAGAUCUUCCGUUAUUUUGCCACCUUGAAAGUAAUCAAUGAACCUGGUGAAUCUGAAGUGUUUAUGACCCCCCAAGAUUUUGUGCGAUCCAUAACACCUAAUGAAAAACAACCAGAACACUUGGGUCUGGAUCAAUAUAUAAUAAAACGCUUUGAUGGGAAGGAUUUCUGGCAGACAGAGAAAAUUUCCCAGGAACGAGAAAAAUUUGCUGAUGAAGGCAGUAUAUUUUAUACCCUUGGAGAAUGUGGACUCAUAUCCUUUUCAGACUACAUUUUCCUUACAACUGUUCUUUCCACUCCUCAGAGAAAUUUUGAAAUUGCCUUCAAGAUGUUUGAUUUGAACGGAGAUGGAGAAGUAGACAUGGAGGAGUUUGAACAGGUUCAGAGCAUCAUUCGCUCCCAAACCAGUAUGGGUAUGCGUCACAGAGAUCGUCCUACUACCGGCAACACCCUCAAGUCUGGCUUGUGUUCAGCCCUCACGACCUACUUCUUUGGAGCUGAUCUUAAGGGAAAGCUGACAAUCAAAAACUUCCUUGAAUUUCAGCGUAAACUUCAGCAUGAUGUUCUGAAACUAGAGUUCGAGCGCCAUGACCCGGUGGAUGGGAAAAUUACCGAGAGGCAGUUUGGUGGCAUGCUGCUGGCCUACAGCGGGGUACAGUCCAAGAAGCUGACCGCCAUGCAGAAGCAGCUCAAGAAGCACUUCAAGGAGGGAAAGGGUCUAACAUUUCAGGAAGUGGAAAACUUCUUUACUUUCCUAAAGAAUAUCAAUGAUGUGGACACUGCAUUAAGCUUUUACCAUAUGGCCGGGGCAUCUCUUGAUAAAGUGACCAUGCAGCAGGUGGCCAGGACAGUGGCUAAAGUGGAACUCUCAGACCACGUGUGUGAUGUGGUGUUUGCACUCUUUGACUGCGAUGGCAAUGGGGAGCUGAGCAAUAAGGAAUUUGUUUCCAUCAUGAAGCAGCGGCUGAUGAGAGGACUAGAGAAGCCCAAAGACAUGGGCUUCACCCGCCUCAUGCAGGCCAUGUGGAAAUGUGCACAAGAAACUGCCUGGGACUUUGCUUUGCCAAAACAGUAACCAAAACUGCAAGAGGGGCCUCCUCCUCCACCCAAGUCACCCUGGCCCCUUGAGCAGAGCCUUGGCACAAUCCUUCCUGCUGCUGCUUCUGGAAGUAGUGCUCCCUUCCUCCUGGGAAUGAUCUCGGGAUUCAACCAGUCUUCCCUCUCCACCCUUCCCCUGUCCCAGCAUCUCUGCUCGGCUCUGAUUCUGCCCAGUGAUUAUCCACCUGGGUUCUCAAAAACCUGAACAAGUCCUCAAAGUUCAGACUUUUGGCACCUUCAUCAGCACCAUGCAUUCAGGCACCCUAUGGAUAGAGAAUGCAUCCAUGUACCUGCCAACCCUGGGAAACAUCCAGUUCUCGAGUCAUUCUUGCUGUGGAUUCACAUUAAGAACAUUCCGGCUUUUCCUCCUGCUGGUAUUCUUAAGCCGCAAGUUGGGAAGACCUCUGAAAGGCAAAAGGAAGUCUGUGGUGAAUGGUCAGGAGGAAGAGCCAGGCAUCCGGAGCUGGUGGGAAGCCUGAGCCAGAGGAAGGAUCCAUGUCGGUCCCCAGGGUGGCUCUGAGGCCUGCUCCGAGAAGGUGAUGUGCACAGUGGGAAUACAGCAAGAUUUGGAAUUUAAAGUAGCUGCUUCAUGGCUCUCCACUCCCGUCUUUUCCUCCCAGGCUUCCUAAGAGGACUCCACCAUGCUCUGUGCCUAAUGAGCAGUAGUGAUUGCGUUCAUGUUCCCUGCAAGUGCCAUUUCCCCUCCAGGAAUGUGCCUCUAAAGCCGAGGCCUGGCUCAGAGCCUGUCUGCCCUCUGUCUUAAACACUUGUAAAAUAUCACUUUAAUUAUAACAGUUUGCA